AUGACGACCACACCACACCCAGAAGAACCCACAUCGCCACAACAGCCCUAUCGCGAAGUUGCAGCGACCCAUAUCCGACACCUCUCUACCCUCUCCCAGCGCCUGCCGGGCAUCCUCACCACUUCUGCAACCACUCUCUCACAACUCACCAACGCUCCAAUCCCGUCGGCCGAUAACAAUGCAGGUUCUGACUCGCCUGCAGCCCGUCGCGCCGCUCUUUCCUCCAGCGCAAAUGAGUUCUACACGUCAGUACUAGCCCUGCGCACCGCACUGCACGCACAAAUCGACGAGCUGGAGAAGCACGGCGUGAUUCCUGCAGACGAAGUCCGCUUUAAGGGAGUGGUACAGCAGCCUGCAGGCGCUGGUGCUGGUGCUGGUGCUGGAGCAGCCGCUGCUGCUAGCGAUAACGCUGAUGGGGGCGCCGGAUCAAAAGAAAAGAAGGUUGAUCCGCAGGCGAGCGUGACAAACAACGGACUGGGUUCAUUUGACGUGGGCAUCCUCAACGCGAGAGCUGGUGUACGACAGAAGGAUGGGGAGGAGGUAUUGGCGAGAAUGAAGCGCGUGGUAGAUGGGUUAGUGGAGAGGGCCGGAGGGGAAGAGGAUAGUGGCGAUCAAGAUCAGGAAAUGAAGGAUGGCUGA